GAAAAGCAUCAAAUAUGGCACACAGCAACUUAAGCCCGGAUGCCGGGAUCGUAUUCGUUGUUUUGGUCAUCGUGAGCAUUGCAGAGGCAUCAUGGAGUAGCCAAGGAAAUACUACAACAGUCGAACAAAAUUCUACAGAUUUACUUUGUUCUACACUGAAUCAUGAAGGAUGUGGCAAACGCUUCUACGACAGGGAAUUCCCAAUCAACUCUCGGUUAUUCGAACACCCAUGGAUUGUCCGGUUCGGCUACAAGCGGGAUAAAAACGUAACCUACGUCUUCCAAGGAGCUUUGAUCCAUGAGUUAUACGUCGUAACCACAGUUUUCGUCACACAAUUCGAUAGCUUUGGUCGUCUGACUUAUGUGAGAUUAGGUGAAUACAACAGUUCAACUGAGAAUGACUGCUCGCUACUUGCGGAACAAGAAGAAACUUGUGCGCCACCUGCACAGGACAUCAUGGUAGAUUCAGUAAUUGUUCACCCUGACUACAAUAUGUUUCGACAGGUGAAUAAUAUAGCACUGGUUCAAAUGCGGACACCGGCCAACGUAAACGGGUUAUCCGUGCUACCGAUUUGCAUUAAUCAACACAAUCAAGCUGAAGACUCUCUUCUGCUAAUUUCGUCUUGGUGCGGUGCCAAAGAGGCGGGUCUUUCCCUGAUCCCAAAACAGUACAUGAUGAAAAGCAUUUCUCCUAAAGACUGUACAAAUCUGCUCUCAACGUAUACACUAAAUCUGGAAGACGGAAUAUUUUGUAUAGUAUUUAAACAAGAGCAUGUUCCCCAAGACAACACAGAGUAUGCGCCAAGUUUACGGGGAAGUGCCGGUGGAUUAGUCUAUUCCGUGCAAUCCGAGGACAAAGUGUACUUGGUAGGACUGCUUUCUUACGGACCUCCUUAUCCUGCCAGGCUUGGUGAACCUUACAUUGUUACAUCUAUCGCUCCAUUCUACAAUUGGUUGACGGAGAUGAUGAAAAGUAGAAUCGAUACACAAUGUACAUCCACUUAGAAUACAUUUUCCCACACUGAAUUUAGUUCCCCAAGCUGAUGGUUUUACAAAAUAAAAUAUUUGUGAU